CAGGGGCGUUUUCAAAUGAGUGUACUUUUUAUUUAAUUGGGGUGGAGACAAACACAGCUUUGAAUUGCUACUUCGAUAAAGCAUAAAUGUAUCCUUGUAUCGAAAGUAGAGAGAAAGGGAAAUGAGCAUAAGAAGUUAAAGAAAAGUUACAAACCGAAGGAAAUUCAGAAAGUUUUUGUUUCGCUUCAGCUGAAGUCCGUGCGGGUCGCGAACAGCUCACGAUGGGAUGUUGUAGCAGUACAGAGGGUAAACGUGACUGGGAACCACUGGAGGACCGGAGCUGCACGGACAUCCCAUGGCUCAUCAUAUUCACACUGUUUUGUAUCGGAAUGGCGUGUAUUUGUGGCUUCACCAUCGCCACAGGAGGUGCCUCCAGGAUUAUCUCAGGAUAUGACAGUUACGGCAACAUCUGCGGCCAGAACAACAGCAAGAUUGAAGGAGUAGAACUCAGUGGACGAAACAUGAGAGAGAACAAAUAUGUCUUCUUUCUAGACCCAUGCAACCUCGACAUCAUUAACAGGAAGAUCAAGUCCAUUGCCUUGUGUGUUUCCAAAUGCCCUGCUACUGAAUUGAAGACACUCAAUGAUGUAAAGCAGUUUGCUCUGAAUAAUGGAUCUGAACUCUGCACCUAUGAUAUUAAACCUGGAAGAUACCCAAGCUAUCCAAACAAAUGUCCCAAACUCCCUGUUCCACCAAGUAAGUCAAUUCCCCUGUUCCACCGUUGUAUUCCUGUUGAUAUUACCUGCUAUGCUGAAUUCGCCCAGGCAUUCGUCACGUUUGUCAGUGACAACAGUGUUCUGCACCGGGUCGUCGCAGGGGUGAUGGCCAGCAAGGAAAUCAUCAUGGGCCUUUGCUUGCUGGCUUUAGUUCUGUCCCUGAUCAUGAUGGUUGUCAUCCGUUACAUCUCCAAAGUACUGGUGUGGAUUCUAACAGUUCUGGUAGUCAUUGGCACCAUAGGUGGGACAGGUGUCCUCUGGUGGCUGUAUGUGGACCACAGGAACGCCCUUAAUAGCAAAACCAACACAGUAUUUGGAAGGGAAGUGGGUGCGGACAAUGUCAAGGCCCUACUUGUGUAUGCAAUUGGUGCUACAAUUUUCACGGUAAUCCUCCUGCUGGUGAUGUUUUUUAUGAGGAAGCGGGUGGCUCUCACCAUUUCUCUGUUCCAUGUCGCUGGUAAAGUGUUCAUCCAUCUGCCCCUGCUGGCCGUGCAGCCUUUCUGGACCUUCCUCUGCUUGAUGCUCUUCUGGGUCUACUGGAUUGCUGUGCUUCUCUUCCUUGGGACUGCAGGAACAUCUGUGAAGAACAACUCUACAAAUCUGGUUGAAUAUCAGAUGUCUGGUCCUCUUCAGUACACGGUGUGGUAUCACGCUGUUGGUCUCAUCUGGAUCAGUGAGUUCAUUCUUGCCUUCCAGCAGAUGACCAUUGCCGGAGCUGUGGUCACUUACUACUUCACAAGGAAUAAAUCUAAAAUGCCGGCAACUCCCAUCCUUUCUGCUAUGCUGCGUACCAUCCGGUACCACUUGGGUACUAUAGCCAAAGGCUCCUUCAUCAUCACACUGGUUAAGAUCCCUCGUCUCAUCCUAACAUACAUUCACAGUCAACUCAAAGGAAAGGAAAAUGCCUGCGCUCGCUGUAUGCUGAAAGCCUGUGUCUGCUGCUUGUGGUGUCUUGAAAAGUGUCUAGCAUACUUGAAUCAAAAUGCCUACACUGCGACAGCCAUCAACAGCACUAGUUUCUGCACCUCAGCCCGUGAUGCUUUUGUUAUCCUGGUGGAGAACGCCCUCAGAGUGGCUGCCAUAAACACUGUGGGCGACUUUGUCCUCUUCUUGGGAAAGGUGCUCAUAGUCUCGUGUACAGCUUUUGCUGGUGUCCUGGCCCUGAAUUACCAGAGAGAGUACACUGUGUGGGUCCUGCCUCUACUCAUCGUCUCUCUGUUUGCCUUCCUGGUGGCCCACUGCUUCCUUUCUGUCUUUGAGAAUGUGGUUGACGUUCUCUUCCUCUGCUUUGCCAUUGAUUCAAAGUAUAAUGAUGGCAGCCCCGGGCGGGAGUACUACAUGGACAAGGCCUUAAUGGAAUUUGUUGAGAAUAGUAAGAAGAUGGCUCGGCACAAAGGAGAUGAUGCAGAUGGACGUGAAAUGAAGUCCAUGGCACGUGGAGGAACUUUAGCCUGACCAAGUAACAGAUGCCAAAACCUUUUUCACAUCAAUGCUCUUCAUAGAGAAGUUGCAAAAGAUGAGUUUUAUUUUUUAUUUCUGAAAAGGAAGUCUUGCAAGUUUAAAGUUUGACACUAAUAGUUAUAAAAGGGCAAGAGCUCUUGUGGGUUUUUUUAUUAAUGAGAUGGGUUUCUUAGUUUUUUGUCAUUGUCAAUGUACCUGAGCUUUCCUUUUUUUAAAAAACAUUUUAAAUAAUAGUUUGAACAAUUUAACAUGGUUUAACAUGUUCAGUUUUCGUUGUUAGAUAAUUAGUGAAUAACAGUGUUUUGUCAAAGGCUGUUCGAGAUGUUUAUUUCUUCUUAAAUUUUGUACCUAAAUAAAUUAAAACUUUC